AUGAAGGUUACUCUCCUCGCCGCCGGCCUCGUCGCCGCUGUCUACGCCCAGGACCUGUCCUCCAUCCCCGAGUGUGCCCGCACCUGCCUCACAGACGCCAUCAGCCAGGAUGGCCAGUGCCAGGCCACCGACGCGGCCUGUGUCUGCGGCCGGAUCGACCAGCUGACCACCCUCGCGACCAGCUGUGUCCUGAGUGCCUGUGGCCAGGACGUUGCCCUCAACCAAGUCCUGCCCGCUGUCCAGACUUUCUGCGCCAACGUCGGCUCCGGCUCCUCGGCAGCCUCCUCGGCACCGGCCAGCACCUCUGCUGCUCCCACCUCGGCCUCUGAGUCGUCGGCGUCGGCUUCCAGCACCGGCUCGGCCUCUGCCUCUGGCUCGGAGAGCACCCCCUCCGCCACCGAGUCCUCGUCUGGCUCAGCCACCGCCUCGGCGUCUCACUCUGGCACCACGCACGCGUCCAGCGCCACCUCGGGCUCCAGCGCGAGCGCCACCGACGCCUCGGCGACCUCCAGCGUCGUCACCGCCGGUGCCGCCCAGUACGGUUCCGUCAGCGGCCUGGCUGCUUUCGUCCUCGGUGCUAUCGCCGUCUUCUAA